AUGAUUGUUAACGAAAAAUACAAAAAAUUUUUAGAGAUAAAGAAGGAAGAUGAAAAUAUUUUUGAUUCUUUAAUUAAAAAUUUUCAAGAAAAUAUAGAAACGCCUCAAGUAUUUUUUACUAAAAAAUUUAAGAAAAGAUUAGAAGUACAGACAACUAAUUUGACGAUAGAAAAAAUUUCAAAAUUUAUGGAGGACUAUAUUGAAGGAAAUUUGAAGGUUCUUAUUGAAAAGGUUGUGGCUAGCAAGAAUAAAGACCAGGAAAUUUAUGAAAACAUUAUGAAUUUGGGGUGGAAUGUUAAAAAUUCAAUUGAAAAUGAAAACAAAAAUUUUUUGGAAGCAGUUUAUGAAGAAGGAAAUUUCCAUUUAUUAUUUAAUUUGGAUGAAGUAAAGAAUGAAGGGAAUGGGGAAUAUAUAGAAAAGUUUAUGAAUGAAUUUAGAGAAAUUAUUAAUGGAUUUCGUCUCGAAUUAAUUGAGAGUUUUAAAGGUGAAAUUUCAUUUUAA